AUGACAGAGAAGUGCACGAUUGAAGAGGGAAUCAGCGGGCUUCCACCUGGGACACUGAUAAAAUACGUUGAAUUGGAAGGGCUAUGUGCGCUGCAACCGAGUGCUGAGGUGAAGGUGAAGCCCACCGUUCGGGGGCUCACGGAGAUUGGCAGAGAUGGUGGUCACGUCUUGGUGGCCAUGGGCUUCCGCGAAGUGGAUAAUGUCGUGGCGAACGCGGUCUUCCAGGGUUCAGGCCGCUACGGCUUUGAGGGAGUCAAGGAGAAUCUCAUGAUCGGGAAGGCCGUCAGUGUCGGACGAAAGACCGCCUCUUCGACUCAUGCCGUGGAUUGUGAGAUCGACCUUGAUCGAAUUCCUGUAUGGGCCGAAUAG